AGCUCGGGAUGUCAGCGUUGGGUAUCGCAGUCUUCUUUUGCUAACUCAACAGCAAGCUUCAGCUCUACCUCAAUCAAAAUGAUGACCAAGUGCCUCAUCGUCCUCGUCGCUCUGGUAGCGGUCUGCUCGGCUGGUAUAGUGCCGGCAGCGGUGCCCGCAGCGCUGACCGUCGGUACCUACGCCACGAGCUACAACGCCCACGCCAUCAACCAUGCGAUCGCCGCACCUUACGCCGUCGCCGCCGCCGCCGCACCUUACACCGUCGCUGCCGCCGCUCCUCUCACCUACUCGGCUGCCUACCCGGCUCUGAGCGCCUACAGCGCCUACAGCGCCUACCCCUACAGCGCCUACGCCGCCGCUCCUUACUACGCUCUCCGCCGUUAAGGUGGCUAUACGUAUUUUAGCACGUAAGGAAAAUCGGCUGGAAGUCGUGGUGCGUAUCGGUGGUUCGUCGGCGCUUUGGAGAAGCAGUUCGGUGAUGCGGAUCGGUUGAGAUCUGCAGGGAACUGACUUGACGACUUGCGGUAAGCGGUACCGAUCUCCGAUGGAAGAGCGGUUCGAGCUUCGGGAUCGAGACGCUGGCGAUCGCAGCUGCUGCUGGACGAUGGAUACGGACGACGACGCCUCUUCGGUCAAUCACACAAUUCUACGCAGCUGAAGUUCACGCGGAUUCUGUGAUCAAAAACUGGAAAUUCUUUUGUUACCCUAUUUUUUUUUCGUUCAAGAAUAAAAUGUUUCUGUUGGCUUUACCCUAUAA